UGCGAUUACAGGUUUUGGGCUGUCAUAUCCUCUCUCAGACUUCUCUCUGUAUAUAGUUUAUACAACCUUUACCGCAUUAUUAUCCAUUUACUUAAAAUUUUACUGAUAAUAAAUAAGUUAUACUGGAAUUGUCACAAUGUUUCGCACAGUUAUUUUACAAGUACGCAACCAAGUUGCCCGGUUAAACAAUGUACGACACUUUGCGGAAGAAAUUAAUGAGGCUGCAACUAUAGAAAAGUGUGUAAAUAAUGUAACAUUACUUGGAAGGGUUGGAGCAGAUCCUCAGAAACGUGGCUCUGAGCAUCCAGUUGUAUUAUUUUCCCUUGCAACACAUACAAAUUAUAAAUACGAAUCAGGUGAAUUUAUGCAAAGAACAGACUGGCACAAGAUAUGUGUUUUUAAACCUAAUUUAAGGGAAAUUGCAUAUAAAUAUUUAAAGAAAGGUCAACGAAUAAUGAUAAAUGGUAGGAUAAGCUACAGUGAAUUUAAAGAUGCAGAAGGAAGAAAUGUUCUUGCUACAUCUAUCAUAGCAGACGAUAUAAUAUUUUUCCAAUAA